CACGGGCAACGAAGAAGAAGAAGAAGAAACGUUCGACGGGUCGGGUUUGACCUGACCAGUGUGUAGCUCUCUGAAAAUUUACUUUAGAGGCUUCAAGUCUACAGGCUGCUAUAACAAUGACACCCCCUGUACAAGAGCUUGAAGUGGUCGGAGUGAGUGACCUGUACGAGGCAGUGCUCGGUACCAGCGUCGCUACUUUGCUGAUGCACCCCGUGGAUAUUGCUCGUACUCGCAUCGCCGUGCAGAACGAGACGUGGCGACUGAGGGGUCAGUUCAAGGUCUUGUAUCGAGGCAACUUGCAAGCUCUGCUACUCAUACGUCGCUACGACGGCUUUCUGAGUCUCUACAAAGGCAUCGUGCCGGGUCUCUUGUACUGUCAGGUCACACACGGCGUUCGCCUAGGCUUGUUCCAGUUUUUUGAGGACUUGGGGCUGACCCUCGAUGAGAACUUGGAACCCAGCGUGAACCUAAGUUUUAUCUCGGGAGCCGUUUGUGGAGCCGUUGGUUCGUUUCUAGGAAGUCCCCUGAACUUGGCUAAGUGCAAACUUCAGAUCAGGUCUUCGCCCGUCAUCGCCGUCGGCCAUCAGCACGGUUACACCAACACGUUGGGCUGCCUGAGCGGGGUCUACCAUUCACAUGGUCUACGACGUGGCCUGUGGCGCGCCGCAACUGGAAACAUCAUUCGCGUGGCCAUGGGCUCAGGCGUGCAGAUGGCCUCCUUUGUCCAGUUCAAACGUAUGGCUACCUCGACGGGAAGUGAGGGAACAGAUGAACUCUUCGCCGUCGUCGUAGCCUCGCUGGCGUCUAGCGCUGCCAGCGCCCCUUUUAGCUCAGCCCUGGACAUGAUCAAGACGCGGAUGUACCUCCAACCCGUGGACAGGCGGGGUCGAGGCAUCUACUAUUCCGGCUUCAUCGACUGUAUUUUGAAGGUGUAUCGCAAUGAUGGACUGCGUAGCUACAUGAGGGGAUGGUCCGUGGCCUUCACGUAUACUUUAUUCAAUUCUCUCAUCACCUUGAUUUCGUGGGAGGAACUCAAACGAUUCGGUAGCCAUGCAAAGAGCACCACCGAUCGUUACAUGACUGAUAUAUAUUACCGGAAAUAACUGCGAAGCGCUAUUCGUAGAAGUGUCAUAUCGUAUCGCCGACGACUUUACCGAAUGAACGAACUCCUGUAGAAAAGCUCCGUCUGCCUAAGCUAUCUCGCUAUACUUCCAUCGCUGAGCCGGUUGGAGCUGCUGAGCGCGCGUGAUAGCCUUCGGGGAUUUUAUCUAGGGGAGCUGCUAUUAUAUGAAUUUCAAUAAGAUUGCAAUUAACACUCCCCAAUGCGUUAUAAUUAUGCUGUAGUACAGUAUAGUAUGUCGUAUAAGUAGUCUCACAAUUUGUCACAGAAUACUACAACGUCAGAUGCAAGAGUCACAAGCGUAGUCUGUCAUAACCACUAUGCACCUGCAUUAGCAUUGUAACAUUGUCUAUGAAUUAUGAUAUUGCAACGAACACUCCCAAAGGUGUUAUAAUUCUGCCAGUAUGGUGUAAAUAGUAUUUGUCUGGUAUGAAAUUUGUCACGGUAUCCUAUAGUGAUGUCAGAUGCAAAAGA